AUGUCAGGUCCACAUCCUCAGUUCAGUCCUGCGUGUCCGAUACCCUACAUCCUCCACCUCGCGGAGCGAGUAGAGCAACUCAAAGCUUUUCUGCAGACUGAUUUUGGCACAGCCCAGCGAGUGAAUGUUGAAGCUCUCAUUCGCCUAUAUGAGAAUGGCGAGCUUGGACCACGCCAACGAGGUGAUCCCCCGAUCUACCUUGUUGAGGGACGACGAGUCGAGAAGAACCCAUGGGAAGAUGAGUCGGUACCCAAUAACGCGAUGAGAUGGUGUGAGACGUUAGAAUAUCAGCAACAUUGA